AUGGCAAAUGAUAAACAAAAGAAUGCGUUGGCUGUGGCCACAUGUGCCGCAGCACUCGCGGGUCUCGCCAUGUGGGCGCGUAGCAAGAAGCAAAAACGAACGCGUCUGUUGCGUAAGCAAUUGACUCACUUGCAUUUUGAUCUGAGUAUCGCAGAGAUCGAGGCCGAGACGGAGCGGAUCUUGGCGCAGAUGAAACGUGUGGACGACGAGAUCGCGGCGCUACCGUCCUCUGCUGUGACAUUUGAAAACACUGUACAAAAACUUAUAAAUUUAGACCACGAGAUGCUUAGCCAUGUGACGAAUGUGACGUUCCUGGGGCAAGUGGCGGCCGACAAGGAAACACGCGACGUUUGUACUAAAGCAGACGAAGCCAUUGACGACUUUGCGGUGCAGCGCAGCAUGCGUGCGGAAGUUUAUAAGUCCAUUCACACGCUCUAUAGGAGUGCAGCUUAUCAGAAACUGAACCCAGUGACGCAGCGCUACGUGCACCGGUUGGUGCAGGACUUUGAGCGUAACGGAUUGCAGCUACCAGAUGAGAAGCAAAAAGAGGUGCAGGCCUGGAAGCAGAAGCUGUCCAAGCUCGGCAUUCAAUUUCAGCAAAACCUCUCGGAGGAGACGAUCGAAGUCGAGUUUUCACAUGACGAGCUAAAGGGGCUCAGUGAAGACUUCAUUGCUGCACUUGAGAAGGGCAAUAAUGACAAGUACAAGAUUGUCCUCUCGUACCCGACAGUAUUCCCAAUCCUUAACACGUGCACUGUGGAAUCGACUCGCAAGGCUGUGGAGUAUGCCUUCAAUCGCCGCUGCAUCGCCAAGAACGUCGCCAUUCUCGAAGAGAUGCUGGAUAUCCGACACAAAAUAGCACUGACACUUGGAUACGAAAAUCAUGCUGCGUACGUUCUCGAGCAAAGGAUGGCGGAAUCGCCGGCAAACGUCCAGGUUUUCUUGAAUGACCUGAACAACAAGCUAGUGCCGCUUGCCAAGAGAAAUCUCGAUGAUCUAUUGAGGCUGAAGGAGGCCGACUGUGAGCGUAAUGGAUGGAAGUUUGACGGAAAAAUCAAUAUGUGGGACUUCCGCUUCUACAUGGACCAGUUCGUCAAGAAGCACUGCUCCAUCGACUCAGAAAAGCUCCGUGAGUAUUUUCCGCUCUCGCACGUGACGGUGGAACUACUGUCCAUGUACCAGGAUCUGCUGAGCCUGAAGUUCGUGGAGAUUUCUCAGCCUCACGUGUGGCACGAAGACGUUCGCAUGUUCGCGGUCUACGAUGCCCGUCCGGGUAAGUUCGGUAACCUUGUUGGUCACUUUUACCUGGAUUUGUUCCCCCGCGCGGGAAAGUAUGGCCAUGCAGCCUGCUUUACGCUUCAACAAGGCUGCGCCAAUUCUGCUGGUGUCCGUGAGUAUCCUGCUGCCGCCAUGGUCGCUAACUUCAAUGCCCCGACCAAGUCAAAGCCAUCGCUCCUGGGACACAAGGAGGUCGUGACGUACUUCCACGAGUUCGGCCACGUGAUGCACUGCUUGUGCUCCGAAGUGGACAUUCCUCGCUUUGCAGGCACGCGUGUAGAGCGUGAUUUCGUUGAAGCCCCAAGUCAGAUGCUGGAAAAUUGGUGCUGGGAAAAGGAGCCGUUGCAGCGUCUGUCGUCGCAUUAUGAAACUGGCGCAAAACUUUCGGACGAUCUGAUUGCACGUCUGAUCUCGACAAAGAAUGUGAGCACUGGACUGUUGAACAAACGCCAGUUGCUUUUUGCCAUCUUUGACCAAACUAUUCACUCAAAGUCCAAGACGAAUACGGCGCAGCUCUUGAAGCAGCUACAAAGUGAGAUUAUGCUGAUUGACAUGACGCCUGAGACGAACUUUGCUGCGUCGUUUGGUCAUUUGGCUGGUGGCUACGAUGCACAGUAUUAUGGCUACAUGUGGAGUGAAGUAUAUUCCGUCGACAUGUUUGUAUCUCGUUUCAAGAAGGAAGGACUGAUGAAUCCAAAGACGGGACUUGCGUAUCGGGAGCUCAUUUUAGCGCGUGGUGGUUCUGUGGAUGCAAGUGUUAUGCUCAAGGACUUUUUGGGUCGCUCGCCCAAUCAGGACGCGUUUCUGCUCAGUAAAGGACUGAAGAUUGAAGCCUAA